GAGGAGGAGGCGGAGACAGCGGGGGCUGAAGCAGGGGGAGAAUGGCAGUUGGGGCGCUGGUUCCCGGGAACAGCCGUCAAGACAGAACUGCGGAGGAGGAGUUCGGGAAAGCGGCAGUCGGGACCCCUCUUCUGCGUUCCCCCCGCCCCAGCUGAGAGGCGUCUCGGCGGGUCUGAGGAGCCCUCCUCCGUACUUCCUUCGGCUUCUGCCGCCGCCGCCGCCGAGAGAUGGGCCUCCUCACCCGCACUCCGGCACCCGCCGCCGCUCUGAGGAAUUGAAGACCAUCUAUGGUAACAGUCUUCUGUAAGUCAAGCUUUUUCAAGAAUUCGCUGAAGGAACCAAGUAGGAUUUUCUUACAUCAUGACUUAAUCUGAAUGCAAGAACGAGAAAUAGGUUUUAUCUCUAAAUAUAAUGAAGGGCUGUGUGUAAACACAGACCCUGACUCAAUUCUAAUGAGCAUUUUAGACAUGAGUUUACAUCGGCAAAUGGGUUCAGAUCGUGAUCUUCAGUCUUCUGCUUCGUCUGUGAGCUUGCCUUCAGUGAAAAAGGCACCCAAAAAAAGAAGAAUUUCAAUAGGCUCUCUGUUUCGGAGAAAAAAGGAUAACAAACGUAAAUCCAGGGAGCUAAAUGGCGGGGUGGAUGGAAUUGCGAGCAUUGAAAGUAUACAUUCUGAAAUGUGUACUGAUAAGAACUCCAUUUUCUCUACAAAUACCUCCUCUGACAAUGGAUUAACUUCUAUCAGCAAACAAAUUGGAGACUUUAUAGAGUGUCCUUUGUGCCUUUUGCGGCAUUCUAAAGACAGAUUUCCUGAGAUAAUGACUUGUCAUCAUAGAUCUUGUGUGGAUUGCUUACGACAAUAUCUAAGGAUAGAAAUUUCUGAAAGUAGAGUUAAUAUCAGUUGCCCAGAAUGUACUGAACGGUUUAAUCCCCAUGAUAUUCGCUUGAUAUUAAGUGAUGAUGUCUUGAUGGAAAAAUAUGAAGAAUUUAUGCUUAGACGGUGGCUUGUUGCAGAUCCUGAUUGUAGGUGGUGUCCAGCUCCAGACUGUGGAUAUGCUGUGAUAGCAUUUGGAUGUGCUAGCUGUCCAAAAUUAACUUGUGGGCGAGAAGGCUGUGGAACAGAGUUUUGCUACCACUGUAAACAGAUUUGGCACCCCAAUCAGACCUGUGAUGCUGCUCGACAAGAGAGAGCCCAGAGCUUACGUCUGAGAACUAUACGUUCUUCAUCCAUUAGUUAUAGUCAGGAGUCUGGAGCAGCAGCUGAUGAUAUAAAGCCAUGUCCACGAUGUGCUGCUUAUAUAAUAAAGAUGAAUGAUGGGAGCUGUAAUCACAUGACCUGUGCUGUCUGUGGUUGUGAGUUUUGUUGGUUAUGUAUGAAAGAAAUCUCAGAUUUACAUUAUCUAAGUCCAUCAGGAUGUACUUUUUGGGGGAAGAAGCCCUGGAGCCGAAAGAAGAAGAUACUGUGGCAGCUGGGAACGCUUGUUGGUGCUCCCGUAGGAAUUGCUUUGAUAGCUGGCAUUGCUAUCCCUGCAAUGAUUAUUGGCAUUCCUGUGUAUGUGGGCCGUAAGAUUCACAAUCGAUAUGAAGGCAAAGACGUUUCAAAGCACAAACGGAAUUUGGCUAUAACAGGUGGUGUAACAUUGUCUGUAAUAGUAUCUCCAGUUGUAGCUGCAGUAACUGUAGGUAUUGGUGUUCCUAUUAUGUUAGCCUAUGUCUACGGUGUUGUUCCAAUUUCUCUCUGUCGAAGUGGAGGUUGUGGAGUCUCAGCAGGCAAUGGAAAAGGAGUCAGGAUUGAAUUUGAUGAUGAAAAUGAUAUAAAUGUUGGUGGAACUAACACAGCUGUAGGUAAGUCUUUUAAGCAAAGGAAGAAGAUGUACUUAUUAAUAAAAUUCCUCUCCCUUUGCUGUUAUCUCAAUAAAGAUAAAAGGAGGUUAGAAAUGUAUUUAUAUCUGUUACUCUCCUGUUCCAGAGAAGGCAGCAGUAUGGAGGUGCAAGUAGAUAUUGAAUCGAAGCCAUCCAAAUUCAGGCACAACAGUGGAAGCAGUAGUGUGGAGGACGGCAGUGCCACCCGAAGUCAUCCCGGUGGUUCAUGCAGUGGCUUGCCUGAAGGUAAAUCCGGUGCCACCAAGUGGUCCAAAGAAGCAACAGCAGGAAAGAAAGCAAAAAGUGGUAAAUUGAGGAAAAAGAGUAACAUGAAGAUAAAUGAGACCAGAGAGGACAUGGAUGCCCAGUUGUUAGAACAACAAAGCACGAACUCAAGUGAAUUUGAGGCACCAUCCCUCAGUGACAGUAUGCCAUCUGUAGCUGAUUCCCACUCUAGUCAUUUUUCUGAAUUUAGUUGUUCUGACCUAGAAAGCAUGAAAACUUCUUGUAGUCAUGGUUCCAAUGAUUAUCAUGCCCGCUUUGCUACUGUUAACAUUCUUCCUGAGGUAGAAAACGAUCGUCUGGAAAAUUCCCCACAUCAGUGUAGCAUUUCUGUGCUUACCAAAACUGCUUCGUGUUCAGAAGUUCCACAGUUGAAUCAUAUUGCUGAAGAACAUGGUAACAAUGGAAUAAAACCCAAUGUUGAUUUAUAUUUUGGUGAUGCACUAAAAGAAACAAAUAACAACCACUCACAUCAGACAAUGGAAUUAAAAGUUGCAAUUCAGACUGAAAUUUAGGCCUAUAAAUGCUGCAAAUUAAUUACCACUGAACAACCUUGUUUGGAGCUGGUUGAACUACAUGUGACUACUUUAAGUUUCAAGUUACCAGCAAAUGCCGGGUUACAUAAUCCAAUGCAGAUACAUUUCCUAUGUUCAGCAAAGCAUUGUGUUUCAUGUGGAUCUUAAUUACCAAACAAUGAAAUGAAGGCUUUAAAAGUGCAUUAUUGUAAGGAUAAUAAUUCUUAGAAGUAUGUUUUGUGUGUUUGCCACAAAACAUUGCUUGAAGCACACACUUGUGUAUUUAGAUAGAAAUUUGGCUUAUUUAUAAUCAAUAUAAAAUACUAAUAUGCAGUUAGAAACAUUCUCAUGAAGAAAACUUGAGGCUUAGGGAUAAGUGGUUAGUGACAUUUUAUUGAAACCACUAAGGGAUGCUGUUUAAUGAACCUUGCAGGUUACUCUCAGUAUAUGAUACUCUUUGUAACAUUUCUAUUCAUGACUGGGCAUAAAUUUCAUUUUUUUCUUCAUAUGCAAUGUAGAUAUAUAAAGCUUAAUGCAGCCCAUUUGCUACCAUUUGGAUACUUAGACACUUUGAGCAAGAUUGUGGCAGUUUUUGCACAACUUUGAAAUAGAAAUACCUGGUACUCUAAUCUUGUAUAUAGUUGAUGCCACCUUAGAAGCAAAAUGUAAAGGUAUAGUGACAGCACCAAAUAAGAUAAAACUACAAAAAAAAUUCCAUUAGUUUGUAAGUAUUACAAAAAAAGUCACCUUCCACCAAGGGGAAGUUUGCACCCCAUUGAUUCUUGGUGCCUUUGGAAUAGACUGGAUCUCAAGGGCCUAGUUGUUUGAGGAUUUUGCUAUAUUGUUUUCCAUUAUGUCCUCUCUAGCCACCUUGGAUUAUGUAGACAAACACAAGAUAGAUAAACAUAAAUAUGAAUAAUAGUAACAAUGCUGAAAAAGUAUUAGCCUACCAAAGACACACUCAGGCUUUAGUGAAUACAUAACCUCAGUUUUAACACAUAUGUAUCUUCUCCAAUCAUGAAACCCAAGCACGGUGCAGAGUUUGUACCAAGUACUAAGGAGGGGUCCACGUAUGGCUGGCUUUAUUUUCUUUUGCUUUUGUUUGUGGAAGGUGUUCAGUUGACAUAAACAGAAGUUGGCCAAAAUACUGCCUGUAUUGUUACCUUCCUGUACAAUUCACUUAAAUAAAACAGGUUAACCUCAAAGAUAGCAUUUGAAAUGUUCCAUCUUAUGUGUUUCUAUUAAGUAUUACCAUUAUGGUGCUACUGAGCGUUUUCUUUUGAUAAAAAGAAAAAUGCCAUGGGCUGCAGUCUUCUUCCACCACUUUUUCUCACCAGGUCCAUUAAUAUGCUUAUAACACUAGUGCCAGUUAUUUUAUUUGAUAAUGCUUAUUAUGGUAUUUGUAUAUUUGUUUGCAUUCCAAUUUUGUUCAAUAGUGAGUGUGUAAACUGCAUACAUUAAAUAAAUGUAAAUACUAAUGUA